AUGAUUUCUACAAAUUGUGAGGUUAGGUAAUUUCCUCAUUACUUUCUUGUGAAGUUGAUAAACCGUUUUGAUAUCCCCGCAAAUUAUUAAUUCCGUUCUUUUUACGAGGAUAUACACAAUGGCUUCUAGAAGUGCAGCAGCUCGCAGAGCCGCCCCUGAAAAUGAUUCAACCAUACAAUAUGUCCAAGCUGAUGGUUUGGCUGUUAUGAAAAUUGUGAAGCACUGUCAUGAAGAAGCUACCACAAAUAUGGAUAUUGCUCAAGGAGCUCUUUUGGGUCUCGUUGUUGACAAUCGUUUGGAAAUUACCAACUGCUUUCCUUUCCCCAAACAAUCUGACGAUACCAUGGAUGAAGAUGAGUAUCAAUUGGCAAUGAUGAGACGAUUAAGACGCGUAAAUGUUGAUCAUUUUCAUGUGGGUUGGUACCAAAGCUCUGAUGUAGGAAAUUUCUUGAGUAUACCACUUUUAGAAUCCCAGUUUCAUUAUCAAACUUCAAUUGAGGAAUCCGUAGUUGUUAUAUAUGACACUCAGAAAUCUGCCAGGGGUUUCAUAACUUUGAAAGCCUAUAGAUUAACUCCUCAAGCAAUUGAAAUGUAUAAAGAGAAUGAAUUUACUCCUGAAGCUUUAUUGAAACUGAAGAUUGGCUUUGAGAAUCUGUUUACAGAGGUACCUUUUGUUAUCAAGAAUUCUGCAUUGACUAAUAUAAUGAUGACCGAAUUAGGUGAGCUAGUUCCUGAAGAAGAAGGUGCUAAAUUUUUAGACUUGGGAACUGCUUCUGUGUUAGAAGGACAGUUGAGAUGCUUGAUGGAUAGAGUAGAUGAACUUAAUCAAGAGGCUAUUAAAUUCAAUAGGUAUCAACAGACCGCUAGUCGUCAACAAUUGGAGAAACAUAAGCUCCUCCAAAAGAGAGCUCAAGAAAAUGCUGCUCGUGCAGCGAAAGAUGAACCUCCUCUACCUGAAGAUGACAUUAACAAAAUGUAUAAGCCACUUCCUGUUCCUGGACGGUUGAACCCAAUGAUAAUUGCUGGACAAAUUAACACUCACAGUCAAGCAAUUUCACAAUUUUGCUCGCAGUCUUUGGCCAAACUGUAUAUCACCCAAGCUUUACAGAACGCUAAGGAAGCAAAUAAAAAUUAAGUAUUGUGGGAUUAGUGAACUUUUUCUCAAUAAAAUCUUCUUAAAAUAA